AUGUUCACCAAGUCGCAGUUUAAUUCUAAGCCCGAUAAAGGUAAGAAAAAUCAUAUUAUGAUCACUUUGUCAGACAUUGUAGUGCAUUUUGCUCGCUAAAAAUGGAGAUGUUGGUCGCUCGCACGCUCCUGUGAUUGUUCAGACUGUUCUGUUUUUAUUUUCUCGAUGCUCUCUAAAGUGAUAAUAAUAGUAGUACAGUUUUUGUUCGCUGGCAUACAUACAUAUUAGUGUUUGGGCCCUUUUCAGAGUCACUUUAAACCUUCCCUAGCGGCACGAGCUAAGAUGACAAUGAGUCGGGCCCAAGACAUAUUUAUUACCGCGAACGUACACUUUUUCGUAUAUAUAAAUAUAUAUAUAUGUUUUUUUGUUUUUUUGUUUUUUUUUUGACGGAAAAAUAAAUGAGCCUAAAUCUCAAAAGUACAAACCUAAAUAGCUUUAAAGUCUCGCAAUAUUUCACCUCACCCUGUGCGGUGAAAUGGUCACAGGUGACUAAAGACAUCAAUGUUUUCUUAACUAAAGCCUGGUUUUUACGAGCGACGCAAGAACAAGCGCAAGAAUUGUUAACAGCUCUUAUCGCACCGUGAAAACAGCAAAUUUUUAAUUUAGUGUCGAAUGUAAUCUGGGAUUGUUUUGUUGAUGUCCCUCGUGAUUAGUCAAAAAAAAAACUUGCGCCACUUUUUCUACCAAUCAGAUGCAAAACUAAAACCAAUUACGAAUUGGUGGCCCGCAUUUUCCCGCGCUUUAGUGGGUUUGAUCGGUUUUAUUUUGAUUUCUCAUUGGCUUAUAAAGUUAGUUUCCUAUCUUCUGAUUGGCUUUUGUGAUUACUUUGCUUUCUGUUUAACGACAAUCUAAGGAAAAGCUCGUCAUGCACGGGAAUAAAAAACAACUCAACAAAUGAUUUGUACAGUUAAAAAGCUUUUUAAUCUUUCCUUUUGAUCUUACAGCCCCUUCAAAGCCAUCAGUUUUCCCACAUAAUGGAAAUAUCAUAAAGAAAAAAGCGCGAUCCACAAUUUUGUCAGUGUUGACAAAACGUCAAACUCAGGAGAAGUUUCUCCUCGGCGACAAAACAGAUGGCCAACGUGAUGAGCAGAAUGGUAAUGUAAUUACCUCAAAACCAUUCUCGCCAGAGCCGAAGCGGCUAGCCUCAGAGGCAAUGAUUGUCGACCUAGAACCGACUGGGAGCGGGAACUCGCAGACACUAAGGUAUAGCGAUACUACUCAGCCUACCUAUCAGCCCGCAGCAUUGGAUCAGAAUAAGCUUACUCCCAGCAAAGUUCCUGUAACAAGAUCGAUCAGUUUGCAGAGUAAAUUUCUUUCGAGUAAUACUGAAGGAGAAAAGGCAAACCACCAACGAGCGGAACGAGAUGAGCUAAAUGGAGGCACGAAAGUGAGUAAAAUUUGUGCGAGAUGGCCACCACAGAAAGCUGAUGAAAAUUGGAUGGGAAAAAAUACCCAUUCACUCUGCCAACGACGGCAUUCUGCGCCUAAACACUUAUCCUGGCCCGCAACUGACAUAGAACCCAUGGUUGUUUCGAUGUCCCCAUCAUACGCAAGUGUAAAGGACAUUUCUCCAACCAGUUCUCCCACAAGUACAAAGUCUGUAAAUGACUCAGUUAAGGUUUCCAUACCUUUUCAAGUUCAAGGUCAACAGCAGUCCCCCAGAGUAGAGCAGCAAUCAGAUGCGUGGGCCUCUUCUGUUUCGGUCUGCGUUCCAUUUCAGGUAAAUGAAAACGGCGAAAGUGUUCCUAUCUCGCCAUUUGCGAACAAAAAGUCUCUGCCAAGUUCCUCACCUAGAGAUUCCACCGCAGAAGCAGACACUCGCGAAGUUUCAAUUUCCAUGAUUAAGGAAUCGAACUUGACAACGAGCCCUAAUUCCCAGCACGUAGUUAAAUCAAGCACAACGGCACAACAAACAGAGGGCGACUCUUUCUCUGCUAUGAAUAAAAUGUCGCCCUCUCAGCCAUCACUUCCGAAGGGAAACACCUCGUUGUUAACUCCGGAUGAUGGCAAGGGUGUGUCUCGAGACAUGGCGGAUGCAGGAGUUGUGAACAAACCACGUGCGAUUUCCUCUCCGCCCUCUCCCUCACAAGGCAAAAGAAAGAUUUCUUCUAAAGGUAUGUAUCAUAUGACAUAGCCAGCCGUGAUUUAAAAGUAGUUUUCGUCUGGCGAGGUUUUCACUCCCAGGAGGAGUGCAAUAUUUACAAUGCGGAAACCUUAAAUUACAUGUUAUACAUUUUAACUUUUCCGUAAAGUUAGAAUGACUUGGCAUUUUGAUUUUCUUCAUGAAGUGUUGUUGGUCUAAGAUGCGAAGAUAAUUUUUGAUCGGUGAAAGUCCGUUUUUUUUUUUUUUUUUUUUCAUGAUGACAAUAUCAGUUAACUUAGUACGUGCUUGUUGAAAUCUGCGUUAAUGUAUGAACGUAAAUUUGUUAAUUAUUACAAUAUCACCAUGGCUCCGAAAUCAGUCGACCGCGCCGAAAAAAAUUGUAGUAUUUGAAUAAUGAUCAGUAUUAAUGAUCUUUCAUUGUGCAUUUAUUAGUUUUCGUGAAUAAUCAAAUGUGUUCCUUAUGCUUCCAAUACAUAAACCAGGAAAGGAUUAGCAGUAUUUAACUGCCAACGCUAGUAAAUAGCAUCACAUCGCGUGACAGCGUUCAGAGUGAUUCCCAUUUACGGACCGAAGCCUGAUAAAAAAAACCAACGAAACAGAAAUAUGUUCACCGAUAGCGAUAAAGGCGCGCACAACCUGUUGUUGUGACCUGUGGCUCUAAAGAAGGUGAAGAAGUUUGUUAAGAGGCGGUCUUCCACGAGAAAGGAUCUAAAGUGUGUCUCAACCAUUUAAAUUCUAUUCCUCAGAUCAUCACAUCAAAGAUAAUAAACAAGUACUCGCUAAGGCACAUUCUCCAAAGAUCAUGGGCAAAGAAGCAAGUAAGCAUAAAAACCCUACAGGCAAAGCUGCGAGUUCGAUGGCUCUGAAAGUACCGUUUGGAGGUAAUGUGUUAAUUUGAAUGUAAAAAGGCUAAAAUGUCCCUAUGUUAGUCUGACCGAUCGGCGAUCAUCUUCUACCACAUUCCGACUCUGAUAAAUACUUAGACGUUCCUAAAUCUUUCGUUAUCCAUACCAAUUCUUAACUUUUGAGUCCUAAAGGCUCUUCUAGCCAUUAGUUCAACACCUGCUUGAUUCGUGGCGAAUUACAUUUUGCAGAAAUGACCACAAAAUGGCGACCAAGUCGACCUUUUUGGUUCUAAAUCCCUUUCAAACACGCAAAAGAAUUAUUUUGUGCCAGCUUAACCGUCAGAGGAGCCCGUAUGUAAAGGUCUAAGUUCUUAAACAGAGCCAUGAUAGCUUGAUGUCAUGCAUAGCCAAUUAUAUUUUUAAAGAUAAUUCUUCUAAUAGACUGUCUGAUGAGAGUGGUAGAGUCGCUAUCAAUUUUGCUUAAAAUUCAGGAGUUUUUAGGGUUAUUACUUUGUAGUUUGAAGCAAUGUUUAAACGUGAAAAUAUAUUUUAUCAAAAGUACAUUUUUGACAUAUUCCUCAUUCUGACGUCAAGCGUGAAAUCAAGACAAACUCAUGUUUUUUUAUAGUCUGUAAAUUAAUACUCAAUCCCCUCGGCUUUCUGCCAGUCUGGAGUCUGCCUUUCAGUUUUCUUGUGCUCAGUGCUAUUUGCUGUUGCAAAUUGGGCAGAAAUUUACUAAUUUUCGCUUCGCGAGUGACUUGCGUCACGAUUAAGCCAGUGAUAACGUAGCGACAUCGUGUUGGAUUUACUCUACAUUCGUUGCAUGACCAGAGGGCUGAUAUCUACAUGUAUGGUAUGUUUUUCUGUGUUGAUUUAGUACAUUGAAAGGUCGUGGACAGAACUAUGUGGAUUAGAUUUAUAUUUGUUUUGGUGUUACGGGGGUAAUGAAUGGCUUUAAAUUUGAGGGAAACCAUUCAAUCACUCAUCCAGUCUUUAAUUGAACAAAAUAAUGAAACAAAUUAUUGUAAUAUGGCGUACGGAGAUGGCACCCUCGGGUCACACGAUUGGAAGAUAAUUUUCCUUGGCAUAUCCGAUAAUGUUCGGAAUGUUAGGGUCAGUUUUUUCAUUAACCGGUAUAUCAUUGGCCCUCAUUUCUAUUUACUGUUUAUUCAUGUAAUAAAUGCCGUUUUGCUUUGGUUUGCUUGUCUAUUUGCUUCCCUUACGUCAAAUUUAAUACCAUUGCUGUCAUUCAAAACUGAAGAAUACCAUUCAUUUUAUUAUAACGGACAAUUUCCUUUCACUAAACUUAACUGUAUUGUCUUAGGAACUCUACAAACGCAUUUUCUGGGCACCAAACACGGAGAAAUAUUGCACCAUUCAAUUUUAAUGUAGACUGUCUGCUGAGUGAAGGAUUUCCGAUAUAUCAUGCGGUUCAAAUUUCCCCUUCAUGGUUUAAAAAUUCUCAAGUGGUAGAUCUUCUGUUUUUUUUUUCUCAUCGGAGAUCCUGGCAAGCGAUUUGAAAUAAAUAACAAAUUCAAACUAGUUUGAAAAUUUUUCCAUCAAAGAAAAAUUUGAGCCCGAACAUAUACAUUAUAUUUAUUAGUGUUUGUCUGUUUACCAAAGAGACAAUGAAAUCUUUUAAUUUAUAUCAAUGAUUGUUUUUGUAACAAAACUAUGAAUAAAACACAACUUCUGCUUUACCAAAGAUACAAAGAUCUAAGACAAUUUUUUCUUACGCUUCAAUAAAAAUUAGAUUUCCCUCUUGGAUGGAUAUGUUCAUGGUUUUUAGUGUUUGUGACGAAAAUUAGGCUCCUUUGUAUUCCAAACCUUUAAGUCGAAGGAUAGACGAAAAAUUCGGAGGUUCAUUAAUUAGGUUAUCGAUGAUUUCAGUGAGUACGUUUACUGCAUCUUCCUGUUCAGGGGCGGAUCAACUAUUUAAAAUGAGAGGGAGGGGGGGAGGGGGGUAGUUGUUACCGAUUGACCAUCACACUAUAUGUCAAUAUACUGAGUUAGAAUUAUCUACGGCUGCCCGUAAAGGUUGUCUUGUCGUAAAGACGAAUUGGAACCUGCAACACGGUAAACUCUUGUAACAACACAAGAUGGAAGAAACAAUGAAAUUACUGCACCGCAUUGCAUAUUAUAAGUUUCACUGAUAUUUCAUUUUUGGAAGUAUUAUGUGUAAAUGGGAUGAUAUUAACUAAGUUCUUCUUGAUCAUUGUAGGUAAGCCAAGAGCAAGGUCCUUCACUGCAGGGGAAAAAACAAAAUUAACUCCAUUUUCCUCGAGUGCCCAGUCCAGUCCCACAGGAACUCCAAAAUCUGUCAGUCCUGCUUCCUCUCCAAAAGCGAUGAGGCGACACUUGACACCGAAAGAUGCCACAAAGGCCGGGGGUCGCAAAACAACCGAGCUGAAAAAGCUAGAAAGUCACGGCAGACCUCAUUCAGAUCCUCUGAUUGGCGAAAAGUGAGUUAACUUUUUGAGCCGAUCACAAAGCGAAAUUAACCUGAAACAUUACAAUCCCGGAUUAUUUUCAACACUUAACUGAAAACUAAUAUAUUCGGUGAAUAAUUCGGCUGGAAGAGCUGGUUAAACCCAUUAUCCCGCCUCCCUUUGCUCUACAAGGCCUGGGGCCCGUUUCUCGAAGGUCCCGGUAACUUAAGCAGCCUGUAAAGCUGUUCUGUUUUCAUUAAAGAUCCGGCGGGCUUUCAAAAGAUUUGAAUAUUAUGCAAUAAAGUUAUCAGCUGAAAAAAACAAAAUGAAUUUGUCAGGGUGUCAGAACCUGACCUCUGUUCUUUACAUUUUGAUUUUAAGAGAUGGAUUUGGGCCCGUUAAGUUACCGGGACUUUCGAGAAGCAAGCCCCUGAUCGCUACGCUGGCUGCCUGACUUGAGUCGUGAACAUUUACUUACUUGGUCGUUACUGUAUCAAAUGUAAUUUUUAAUAACGAAACGUUACAAAGUUUCACUCGCUGAAUUUAUUGUUUGCUUUGGUCUUGCAGAAUGCAGGCAAAAAAGAAAUCUACCGGAGCUGCCGCGAGUGAUGUGCACACAACAGGUAUUUGCGAUAAAACAUACAAUUAAACAGAAACUCAAAGGUUAUUAAACAGGCAGACAGGCAGACAGGCAGACAGGCAGACCAUGGUCAGACAGGCAGACAAGCAGGGAGAGAAGGCAAGGAUGUAAACAGAUAGAGAAGCAAGACUGAUUCUAUAGACAUAAACAAGAAGAUAGACGGACAAUUUUUUUGGAAGAAGGCAGACCCCCCCCCCCCCCCCCGUGAAAUCCGCUCAUGUAAAACAAUGACCUCAUACCCAGAUUCAAUCGUGUAACUGGAACUGAAAUGUAGCGACCUCUCAACCGCUUGGCCGUGAAAGGUCUGGGUACGAGACUAGUAAAACAGUAACCCUAGCUAGGUGAUGUAGAAGUUAAUAUAGCUUUCAGGAUAUUCGAUGCCAGGGUUUUUUUUUAAACAAUGUACUUUUUUUCAGCAGGAAAAGCUAAGUCUGACUUGGAAGUAAUGAAGAAUAAAGUUAAAGAGCUUGAGAGAGAAAAUCUUGAGCUGAAGACGAAAUUACAGGGCAUGGAACAUCGUCUGGCUGUUGUACCACUCUUGGAAAAAGAAAAACUUCAUUUACAGAAGCAGGUCAACGAAGUUGUCCAGGAAAACGAGAAAAAAACACGUGAACUCGAAACGCUAAGUUCGUCCUCGGUAAAGCUCAAAGAGGAAAUGAAUGGCUUACAGGCUGAAGGCGAUAAAUUGAAAAUGGCUCUGGAAACGAGCCAAGAGCAGAUAAAAGAACUAAGGGCUAACGAAAGGGCGCUGGAAAAAUUGAAAUCUACUCUGACGCAGGAAAACGAAGACAAAACGAAAUCAAUUACAGAGUACAUCGAAAACAUUGAAAAAUUAACUACUUCGAAUAGCAAGCUGAUAUUGCAAGAUGGACUAUCCAAGAAAAAAAUUACAACACUUUUGCAAGGUUUGCAGUCACUAAAUGAUUCUGUUUUACAGCUUAAAGAGGAAAAUAAAUGUUUACAGUCACAGAUUGUUGAAAAUGGAAUUGAACUCGUUGGUACCAUGCGAAAUUGUGUCGAUGGUUUGGAACGGGUUAUCAGUGGUUUGCAGAACGAAAACAGCGAAAAAGCCGAAAAGGAAACACAAGUAUUUGAUGACACCAAAACUAUCGAUAAAGAUACACAGUGUGACGAGGUUCGGUCAAAAGACUUGCUCCUAAGAGAACUUGAGGAGAGCAAACUCUUAGUCGAGUGUUUAAAAAGUAGAAUUUCUGAAGUCGAAGAAGUCGCGACAAAAACAAGCGCUGAGCAACAAGAGAGCCGCGCAAACAAUGAAUUGCCUUUAACUCCGCCAAGCAAAGGGUCUGAUUGCUCAGGGUGUACUGGCCUUCGGGAGCAAUUAGCAAGUGUAAAAUCUAAUUUAGACUCGUUUAAAGAUUCUUUCCAAAAACUAGAAGGCGAACGAGAUGAAGCUGUGGAGGAAAUGAAGGAGCUACGACGUGAAGCGAAGUACCUUAAAUACGUGCUUUGUUACAGAGAAGACGUACAGAACUUGCAAUCGACAAAUCAGCAGAGCAAGGAAUUGGAGAAACUGGGUUCUAACCUUGUGGAAGCUGAGAAAAAAGUCAUAGAUUUAGAAGACGAAGUUGGAAGACUUCAAGAAGAGAAACAAACCUUACUGAUGAGUAUUUUAAACCUUCAUUCCGGGCACCAGGUGGAUGAUGUGAUGGAGGAAGAAAACGAAAGAGAGGAGAGUGACUCUGAAUCUGAAAAUAACGACGAUGAAAAUCAAGAUGAACCAAAGGUCAUUGAACAUUCUCGGAAAGCAGACUCCAUCUCCAGCAAUACAGACUCCAUCUCUCGCAAUACAGACUCCAUCUCUCGCAGAGAACAACUCAAGUAUCGAUUUCAGUUGUCGUUGUCUGAGUCUGAUUACAGUUUUAGUUCAGGGCAGAGGACUGAGGGCGAGGAGGAGGAUACUGAGAGUGAAGUCGAAGACGAUGAGAACGAGAAAACUUGGAUGCUUCUGAAAAAAAUCAAAGCUGAGAACAGACAGUUAAAAUCUAGUUUGAACGAAGCCAAUGACGAAAAAGAAGAGCUGUUGUCAAAUCUUGAUAAGUUAUGCGAAGAGUUUGAUGCACUCAAAGAAAAUUACGAUAAACUCGAAGAAGAACAUGCUGCCUUGUCCGAAAAAGCUAAGCAAGAUAAACACUCCUUGCAAACACGGCUAAGAGGUGUUGAACUGGAUAGAGAUAAUCUAAAAGAUUCCCUGAGGGAAAUUCAGGACGAGAAGCUAGCGCUUUUAAAAUGUCUUGAAAUGCGAAACACCGAGCCAAUGUCACCGCUAUCUCCACUGCCCCAGCCUCUUCUGGACAAAAUUAUCACGCAGGCGCAGUCAUUCACACAAGAAGAACAUAAAUCAAAUGAACCAACUUCAAAUGAGGAAUAUUCCGAUGCGUCAUCGUCGUCAGAUGAGGAGGAAGAGGAGAAGGUUAGUGUUCCACAAACUUCUACAGAAAGUGGUACGGAUUUGGAGAAGGAACCGGAUGUGACGUCAACUAAUGCUAAGGAUAAAGAACUGGCAAGUUUAGUGGCAGCCAUUGAAAACGACCUCGGAAAGCUUAAGGAACGACUGGCCAAAGGAGAAAGUAAUGCCCAAGGUAAAAUAAAUAAACACGCGUUCAUUUACAAACUGGACAUCUUUUUAUUGUUGAAAACAAUCAGUAACCAAGAAAAGAGUCAAAUUUUUCUUUCCCUACCCACUGUUAACCCUUCAACCCCUGAGGGUGACCAGCAUCUAAUUUCUCCUUGCAAUAUCAUCCCUGAAUCACAAGUAAAAGGUCACAAGAAAAAAGGAAAUGAUCACCAAUUAAAGAAGCUCCUGAUUGUUAUACAAAUUCUCCUUGUCAGCACCUUAGGAAAUGUAUCGAGAACAGUAUGGAGAAUAUGUUUACUGAUGUUAGGGUGUAAAGGGUUAAACGAACCUCUGUUGAGCAGACAUCUAUACUUUAAAAGCGAACUCAGAUUUGCACCUUUUCCCAUUUUUGAGGACACUUCGCGGAGACAUUCUAACUUUUGCACACUGAAAGUAGAAAUUGUUGGUCGCAAGGACAAAAUCCACUUUUAAAAUCUCCUCGAGCAAAGCCGAACUACCUAAUUUUCAUCUCCAAAGCGCAGUCAGUGUCACAAGUUCAUCUACAUUGAAUACAUAUGUAAAUGUUGGGGAUAAAUUACAUGUUUUUCGGAGCAUACUUCUCCAUAGAGGUUGGUUUAUACGAUGACACUGCUUAGAACCUUUGUCACUGUGGUAAGUCCCUUAGGGGAAUACCAUGAUUUGAAGGUCAAGUUAGUCUACAGAAAUAUGCGUUGUUUGAUUUUGGGGUUUUUGUGGCGAGUACUAAAAGAGAUUUACGCGAGUCCGGCAGCGAAAAAAAGUAAGCUUUCUCUCGACCUCGCCUGUGGCGCGCCUGACUCAGUUGCAUUGGGUGUUCGUAAACGCACGCACCCACCCCACCCCUCCUUGAGGCUCAGUGUUCCUGAGCCUCAAUAUCAUGCAAUUUGUAUUAGAAAGAACUCAUCAAAAUUUUUCUAAUUCCAGGCACUUUGCAAGAUGACGAUGCUGGAAAAGAAAAGGAAUCCAGGCCACGGAAACCUGCGCCCGGCGAGCGUAUGCUAAAGCGACAAGCGUCGACUGUGAAGUCGAACCUAGAUCGUGUCUGCCGGGAGAAACAACAUCUGCAAGAUGAGGUUGAAUCACUUCGCCGAUACUUGCUAAAAAGAAGAGAUUCUGUCAUGGACACCCGAAUAAAAAGGUCUCAUGGCAGUCUCAAAAGAGUAACAGCAGAAGUGGACAGCCACUUGGAAGGGAUCAAGACCUUACAGGCCUUGCUCGGAAAAUCCGACGACCAACUCCGACAGUCGAACGAUAUAAUUUCCCGACUCGAAGCACUCAAUGAUGAAACUGAGGAAAAGCUUCGGGAUUCUGAACUCCUCCAAGAGGACUUACGUCACGCUGUGAUGAUAGCGAACAAUUUCGCCAUGGAGGAGCAACAGAAAGCGAAACAGCUCAUGUUACAGAAUGAAGAGCUCCUAAAAAAGGUCGAGAUACUUAUGCCUGGGGAUACGUUGACUGAUAAAAUUGAGAAGGAUGAGAAUUCACUCAACGAGAAUUCAAGAAAAGCAAAAAACAUACCGAAAUUGAAAGAGGCGAAUGGUCGUCAUCGCAGCGUUAGUGAAGACGACGCACUGUACGCAGAUGACGAGAGUAAUUUCACAACAGAAGGUGAAUCAGACUUCUUUUCCUCCCGACAGUCAAGUGUUGCGGAUGAAUCAGAAUUUGCCAGGAGCCCCACACCUCACGAAGAAGACCUUGAUAUUUCUAAUCCUAAUGUUACACCUUCAGAAGAACCAUCUAAACGUGGAGAUCUGACCGAAAGUGACUUGACAAGUCAAUACAGUUCUACAGCUGAUACUCAUUCAGACUUGUCUGAAGAGGAAGAUGAUACAGAAUGAACUUGACAGUGUUAGGUUAGGUAUAGUCGCCCCGUGAUUGGUCAAGAAAAACGUGCCACCUCUGGACCAAUCAUAAGGAAAACUACAACCAAUUUCGACCUAGUAGCUCGCGGUUUCCCGCGCUUGAGAGCGAUAACACGUUCUCUUUAAAUUCCCAUUGGUUCCUUGAUUAAUUUAAGUGUCUUUGUUAUGAUAGGCCGCUGAGUUCACUUGAAGUUUAGUUUUAAUCACAGUCGAUCUAAAAGCGCUUUAGUUUAAAAUCGUCCCUAUAAACUACGGCGCGCCACAUCUCGCUAUUAUAAAACUCUUUGGUGUUUGUUUCCACAACUCGUUUUAAUUCACUGAAUCUUCAGGGAAUCUGCAAGAGGUAAUUCUGUCUUGUACUUUAUUCUUUUUUAAUUUCCUAAAGGUCUUCGACGAAGUCAAAGCUAUGAACAAGUGCAGAGUUCUCAACUAAUGAUCGAUUGGUCCGACGAUCGACAUUCUGAGCAUAGGUCUUACUCCUUCAACUUUUUUAAGUGAUUAACAUGUAACUUCUGCCCAUAAUAUCCAUACAUUAUCAAGUAAUGAGAAUAUUCACACUAAUCGGGUGGUUGAUAUCUAGACCUAACCCCAAAUUCACGUCACUAAUUUACAAGAAAUGUGUAGCAGCUAAAGAGGAGAAUUAACAAUCAGAUCUUGGAAGUGAAAGAGUUAAAAUGAGAAUGUGUUAAAACUUGAAAUAUUAAAAAAGAAACGAAAGGGUUUUAAGUAAACCAAUUUGAACGGAAUUAAAUUAAUUUCACCAUCUUAAACCUUUGAGAUUCUGAAAUCAUAACGUAACUCCCUAAGGUGUAAAUAAUCGUAUCGAAUGAAAAUAAAAGCUUUUCUUGCAAAAGCGUUCCACACUUUGUUUUGCUCUAACCCACUGCCGAUAGAAUGCUCGGCUAUAAUCUUAACGAUGACGAAAUUCACCGUUUUAG